AUGGCACAAAACUCGGAUGCCGUUAAACAGGCAAUGUUUGAGGAGCUGCAGAAGGUAUUACACCCGGACUCGGAGCAGCGUAAAUCGGCCGAAGCACGGUUGGGGCAGCUAAAGUUUACCGAAUGGUAUGGAGUGAUUUUGGCCGAGUUUACUAUCGAACAGCAGAUACACAUUGGCAUACGGCAGCUGGCCUCGGUAAUGCUAAAACAGUACGUCAACGAUUGCUGGGUCAAUGAAGGUGAGGUCGAUGAUAACGGGUAUCCGAUUGUGGUUGAUGGAAUUGGUCGAACCGGUGCCACCACAUCGGCACUGCUCGUAAACGAUGAGGCAAAGCGGCGGAUAAAACAGAUCCUGCCGGAGGGAAUGUACGAUGAAAACAGCAAGAUCCGUUCGGUCGUCGCCUACUGCAUAGCGAACAUCGCCCUGUACGAUUGGCCCGGGGAUUGGCAGGAACUGUUCGACGCGAUUGUAAAGUGUUUAAGCGGCACGGAAAACUCCGUCGACGGUGCGAUGAAGGUGUUGGUCGAGUUUACGCUCGAGCUCGGCCGGCAGGUGGGUGAAGUGGCCCCGUUAAUACUGUCCGAGGUGUAUCGCAUCUUUACCGCCGCCGACCAAUACAACAUUACCGCACGGAAGUAUGCGGUCGAAAUUUUGUACUCACUGUUGCGCAGCAUCAACACGCAUAUUGAAACGCGCCAGGAGAAGUCGGCCAUUCUAAACCCAGUACUGCCCAACUUUAUGCAACGGCUGAUAGAGGGAUUAACGGCGCCGAAUGGUCCACACAGCAGCUUUCAGCUGAAAACACAAAUUAUUAAAAUUCUUAAGUACAUGAUUUCCGACAUGCCCAAGUUUGUGCAACCGUACGUCGGUACGAUCCUGCCCACGAUCUGGCAGCUCUUAACGCAGCUGGCCGACUUUUACGUGAAGGUGGUAGUGAACGAAAUUGAAGCCGCCCCAUUCAAUGGCCCCGACCAGGACGAGGAUGUGGUGGAUGAUUUUGUGCAAAUGAUAUUGCAAAUUUUUGAAUUCGUCCACACGAUCAUCGAGCGGAGACGGUACAAGCCGGCGAUUAUGAAUGUACUCACCGAUCUCGUGUACAUUACUGUGCUUUACAUGCAAAUCACGGAGGAGCAGACGCGUCAUUGGGACGAAGAUCCGGAAAAGUUUGUCAACGAUGAGGAUGAGCAGGGCGUUGAGUUUACGAUACGCGUGACGGCCCACGACGUGCUGGAGAUAGUGGAGUAUGAGUACGAAAGUCAGCUGCUGCCCUGCUUUACGGAGGCACUCGGGAAGCAUAGUGCCGUGGCGGAGGUGGACCGUAAUGCGGGCAAUCCGCACUGGUGGAAAAUACAUGAAUCGUCUAUGUUGGCGGUCGGUUUGUUUAAGGACAUGAUCGUCGAAAGUCCGGCAAGCUUCGAUAUGGGCCAAUAUCUGGCGCUGGUUAAGAUGCUGAUGGAAAGUCACGCGUCGCCGUAUCUGCUCGGGCGCUGUCUUUGGUUGCUGAGUCGGUUCUGCCGGUGUGACAUACUACGGCAACCGUUUAUGGAGCAGAUUGUGAACGUUACGGUGAACAGUUUGUCGGUGGAUAAGCCGAUCGUGCUGAGAAUAAUGGCUGCACGUGCAAUUCAUGGCUUCUGUACCAAUUUGAAAAGCAACGAGGACGAACGCCACGUACUGAUCAUGUCCAAGCUGGAGCACUUUUUUGACGGGCUGGUUGGAUUGUUUGAGCAAUCACAAAACACGGUACUUGGACUGCUGCUGGAAGCGCUAAGCGCAAUCAUUUCGUUCGAUAUAAACGUUACGGCUACACUCUGCCCGAAGGUGAUCGGCGUCACCAUGACCGUCUUCCAGAAGUAUCACGACGAUCGCUUCCUGCUCGAGAUGGUACAGGACGUGCUGAAGAUCCUGUCGCAGAACCCGUUCUGCUUGCUACCGUUGCAGGAACGCAUCAUCCCGACACUCGUUACCAUCCUGAACCAGGACCAGACUGUGGGCGAUUAUCAAAAGCUUUCGCCAGAAAUAGCGCUGGACGUCCUGCAAACGCUCGUAAAGUACUCCCAAGCUCCCCUAAACGACGCCAUGAUUGAAAGCGCCUUCCCGUCCGCUGUUCACUGCAUCCUGCGCGCGGAAGAUCACUCGGUCAUGCAGGCGGGCGGUGAAUGUUUGCGUUCCUUUCUGGCCGUCUCACCGGAGCAGAUCUGUCGGUACAAGAAUGGUGAGGGGCUGAACUAUGUGCUGCAGGUGGCCACCAUGUUGCUCAAUCCGAUGAACAAGGAAUCGACCGCUUCGUUCAUUGGCCGGCUGGUGAUUACGAUCAUCACCAAAGUGGGCGCACUGUUGGGUGAUUCGGUUGAUCUGCUGCUAAAGGCGGUGCUCAGCAAAAUGCAGCUGGUGAAGAGCUUGAACGUGAUCAUGAGUUUGGUGACGAUCUUUGCCCAUCUGAUACUGCUCCAGCUGGAUGCGGUUAUGAACUUUCUUAGUACCGUGCCCGGCCCGACUGGUGAAACGGCCAUGAGCUUCGUGCUGGCGCACUGGCUUAGCCGGCAGCAUCUGUUCUAUGGACAGUACGAACGGAAGGUGACGACACUGGCGCUCUGCAAACUGUUCGAGCACGGUGUCACCACGAAGGACGAUCGCCUAAACACGGUUAUGAUCAAGGAGCAGGUACCGGUGGUAGCAGCAGGAGCAGCAGCUGCUGGAGCUGGAGCGGCGGCGAGCAACAGCGUGGUGGGCAAUAAUAAUGGCACCGCACGGCGUACCCGGUCGGUCACGGCGAAAACACCAACCGUGUGGGUUGAUACGCCGGUUUUGUUGAAGAUUUUUAAGCUUUUGCUGCACGAGCUGGACAGCUUGCGUGAGGUAAAGGAGGCGCACCUAAAGAACCAGGAUAUUGGGGACGACGAAGGGAACAGUUCGAGCGAUGACGAUACGGACGAGGCCAGUGUAGGAGAUGGUGGAAAGCUGUCCUAUAUGGCGUUGUUUACUCAGCUGGAUGAAGGCGACGAGGACGAUGAGGAGGACGAGGAUGACCGGCAGCUGAUGGCAGAACUGAUGAACGAUCCCAUCUUCCAGUGCGACACGAUGGAGUACUUGAUCAAGUUUUUCGAAAGCUUUAGCCAGCACGAGAACUUCCUUGCCUUUUUGGAGAAAAUCGACGAGACGGAGAAAAAGAUACUGAAAACGUUCAACAUUGCUUCGUAA